AUGUCAUGCCUUAUUAAAUCACUACAGCAACUGAUUUACGCCUUGAGGAAGGGUAUGAACCUCGAAGUUAGCUGCGGUCACCGUGGUGCGAGACUGGAGGCGGCCAGGAUACUCAGGAUUUACGACACGAUCUUGCGCGGGGCGCGACAGAGAAACACCAAGCAGGAACAUCAGGAGCACAGCAACAUUAUUGUAUUUCAGCCUUUCGUACGGAUACAACAGAUCCUCACAGUCAACGAUGACAUCCUCGAAGUUGGAGACCUCCAGCUCGUGAGCGACCGUCACUUCCACUUCAUGCGCGACAAGAUCGCUGAAACACCGAAUUCAACACUACGAACCUGA